AUGACGGAGCCAGUCAGCGUCCAGGGCACUUCUCGCUUCAGCCAAUCAAGGCUCACGAAUCCUAUGCUUGUUCCCGUCUUCUCUGGCCAUGCUCCUGAAAACGCACACUCUACUCCUAGUGAGGGCGGAAAGCCUCGGCGGCCAUCUUUACUAAGGGCAAAACCCUUCGCGCAAGCGGAAGGAAGGAGCUACGAAAUGUUGACAGGGCGGUAUCUGAAGAAAACCACCAAUCAAUACACGGAAGGGGGUGGUGGUGGUAGACAGGUAGAGGGUUGGUACAGGUUUUAUAGUCAGACAGGCGUGCUGAUCUCCGUCCCCCAAUACCUCUACUCCGCGGUCAUCUCUGAGCUCGACGCCAUCCAGGUGAACUACUACCUGGACGAGGAGAACUGCUGGGCCCUGAAUGUGAACGAGCUCCGGCGGGCAGUGCGGGAGGCCAAGGACCACUGUGACCCCAAGGUGCUCUGCAUCAUCAACCCUGGAAACCCCACAGGCCAGGUACAAAGCAGAAAGUGCAUCGAAGAUGUGAUUCACUUUGCCUGGGAAGAGAAGCUCUUUCUCCUGGCUGACGAGGUGUACCAGGACAACGUGUACUCUCCAGACUGCAGAUUCCACUCCUUUAAGAAGGGGCUCUAUGAGAUGGGGCCCGAGUAUUCCAGCAACGUGGAGCUGGCCUCCUUCCACUCCACCUCCAAGGGCUACAUGGGUGAGUGUGGCUACAGAGGGGGCUACAUGGAGGUGAUCAGCCUGCACCCCGAGAUCAAGGGCCAGCUGGUGAAGCUGCUCUCGGUGCGUCUGUGUCCACCAGUGUCUGGACAGGCUGCCAUGGACAUCGUCGUGAACCCCCCGGUGCCAGGAGAGGAGUCCUUUGAGCAGUUCAGCAGGGAGAAGGAGUCGGUCCUGGGUGAUCUGGCCAGAAAGGCAAAGCUGACGGAAGACCUGUUCAACCAAGUCCCGGGGAUCCACUGCAACCCCUUGCAGGGCUCCAUGUACGCCUUCCUGCGCGUCUUCAUCCCGCCCAAGGCCGUGGAGGCGGCUCAGGCCCACAGGAUGGCCCCGGACAUGUUCUACUGCAUGAGCCUCCUGGAGGAGACCGGCAUCUGCGUUGUGCCUGGCAGUGGCUUCGGGCAGCGGGAAGGCACCUACCACUUCAUAAUUCAAUCCCCGCUCCUAGGUCCAAGAAUUUAG